AUGUUGUCCAAGACUCUCUUCGUUCUCGCAUCGGCUGCCUCACUGGCAAGCUGCCAGUCUAAUUCUACCAUUGACACAAAUUCAGUUCCAUAUGCUACUCGACAGGCCUGGUGCAGCUCUCAGACUUCCUCAUGUCCUCUCCUCUGCCUACAAUUAUCCGGGGCAUCCGGUUCCCCCACAACCAACACCUGUGACGCAACAACACUAGACUAUGAGUGCAUCUGCAGUAAUGGUGCCUCUCCCAACGCUACUGAAUACUCCCAGACAAUCCCCUACUUUACAUGCACACAGCACAACGAUCAAUGCGUCACCAACUGCAAUGGCGAUUCCUCCUGCCAAUACGCCUGUCGAUCAGACAAUCCCUGUGGAGCUCGGGCCCCUAAGCAUUACAAUGUGACUACUACGACUGCGUCGACUGCAGCUGCGACUGCGAGUGCUACAGAAACACCAGUCAAUACUGCUGUCGAUGGGUCGACUGGUGCUGCACCACGUAUGGUUUCUGUUGAAAUGAGCCAUGUCUAUGGGCUGUUUGCUGUUGUUGGUGUUUUCACUGCUGGUUUUGCUUCCCUGAUGUAG